CUGGGCUGCAGUCGGCAGCCCACGUCCAGGGAGGGCGGAGGGAGGAGGAGAGGCGCGGAGAGGAGGGAGGGGAGAGGGGAGGGAGGAAGGAAGGCGAGAGAAAGGGAGCUGCUUCCAUCCAGGACUUCCCAGAGCCUGCCUAGAGCGCGCACUCAGCGGCUCUCGGGUCCCAGCGUCCCAGCCGCGGCCCGCGCCCCUCCGCCCCGCUCCUCCUCCUCCUCUUCCUCCUCCUCCUCCUCCUCUCUAGGCACCCCCGUCCCCUCCUUCCAGCGGCUGCAGCCCCCAGCCCCAACUCUCCGCGCUUACUCCUGGGACGCCGCUCCUCGCCCCAUCCUUUGCUUCCUUCCUUCCUUCUUCCUUCCUCCCCUGGCUCCCGCCCUCCCUCUCCAGGUCGCCCUCCCGGGGCCCGAUUGUCUCGGUGCCCCGCUCCCGGCCCGCGCCCUGCCCCGUCUCUCCCUUGCACUUCCUGAGUCGCCCGCCGCCACCGUCGUAGACUCGCCGCGGGAGCCCCAGUCCAGCCCAGCCCGAGCCCGACAGCCACUGCCCCGGCUCCAGCUCCAGCCCCGCAGCCCGCGGCGCCCGCCCGAGGGAGCCCCGGCGCCCGGGGAAGGCUACAGUGGGCGAGCGCGCCCUCGCCCAGCCCCGCGCCCCAGCCCUGCCCGGCCCGGCGAGGAAGGACCGGGAAGAUGAACAACGGCGGCAAAGCCGAGAAGGAGAACACCCUGAGCGAGGCCAACCUUCAGGAGGAGGAGGUCCGGACCCUAUUUGUCAGUGGCCUUCCCCUAGAUAUCAAACCUCGGGAGCUCUAUCUGCUUUUCAGACCAUUUAAGGGCUAUGAGGGUUCUCUUAUAAAGCUCACAUCUAAACAGCCUGUAGGUUUUGUCAGUUUUGACAGUCGCUCAGAAGCAGAAGCUGCAAAGAAUGCUUUGAAUGGCAUCCGCUUCGAUCCUGAAAUUCCGCAAACACUACGACUAGAGUUUGCUAAGGCAAACACGAAGAUGGCCAAGAACAAACUCGUAGGGACUCCAAACCCCAGUACUCCUCUGCCCAACACUGUACCUCAGUUCAUUGCCAGAGAGCCAUAUGAGCUCACAGUGCCUGCACUUUACCCCAGUAGCCCUGAAGUGUGGGCCCCGUACCCUCUGUACCCAGCGGAGUUAGCGCCUGCUCUACCUCCUCCUGCUUUCACCUAUCCCGCUUCACUGCAUGCCCAGAUGCGCUGGCUCCCUCCCUCCGAGGCUACUUCUCAGGGCUGGAAGUCCCGUCAGUUCUGCUGAAUACUAUGUCCCAGGUGUGUGAUGGCGGCUGCAAUCUGUCUUGUGGGUAUUAAUGCAAUCUUCAGUGGUGGCUACAUUCUCUAGCUGUUCUACAAAACUGGAGCAUGCUGGUGAGUAACAGGGCUGAACAAGCCCUCAGGGGCAGCAUGGCGAACACGUGGGAACUGCAGGCCUCUGGGGGUGGGGUCUGGCAUUCCAGGUGCUCGUGCCCCUCCACCCCAGGUGAUUCUGCCAGGAGCUCUUUAACAUCUGCUCCAACACGGCCUGCCAGGGAAGGUCAUCCCAGGACAGCAACUGAUACGUUUUUAAAGCGCAUUACCCCAGUAUUUGGUGCUCACCAUGUCCUCCUUAGGUAAGGCUGGCACCAUGAACAUCUGGCUGUCUAGCAGCACCUGGAGUGAGGGAUUCCGCCUAGGGAAAUGUUACUGAAACGAAGCUUUUCCCUUUAAGCGUCGCCUUUUUUGGGGGGAAAUUAUUUUGUUGGAAAUCUGUUUCAGAUGUAAUGUGUGUGUCCCCCCAUCUUAUUAAUCCAGUUAUACUGAGUAUGAUCAGCCAUUUGAUGACUUGGGGACAUAGGAUUACCCUGGAGCAUGACUGAAUCAGAAUUCACAAUGAAUUUUUCUAGACUGUGGGCCUCUUGGUAGUUCAUGGUUUUGGUGAUCUGUCUUUUCAGUCAGUAUCACCUGUCACUCCUCAGUUCAUUAGCUACUAGCAGGAAAUGUAGUCUAAAAAAAUCCUCCUGUAGCAUCCCCAGAGGUGACCCUGCUGCUGGGUCUCUGGAAAGCCUGGCUUAGAGCGGCAGGAACGCCAGGGGCGAGUCUUUGGUGGUUUAUGUCUCAGCCUAAAUAAAGUGGCAGGCUGUAUCCCUCUGAGGGGCCUAUGGAAAAAGAUUGAGUCCGAAAGGAACAAGAUUCUUGCUACAGACAGAGAACCAAGCAGUUCUGGCCAAGGAGGUGGGGCCGCAUUUGAGGGGCUUAAGUCACUUCAUACUCCGACGAUACCACUCAGUGCCGACCCAGGAGCAGGCAUUAGGUGUGUGCCACACUGGGCGACCCGCCUCCCACCACCCCAGGGAGCUUUCCCACAGGAAGCCAGACCCUGCACUUUGGACAUUUUUUCCCGGGGUGCCUGUUUCUUGCACUAACCCAAGCUUUUUUCAUAUCACAUAGGGCAGCUGGGUCUAUCCCACUAGGCCCACGGCCUUCUAGUUUUUCCUUUUGUCAUGGCUCUUAAUAGUCCUCACUCACUCAAACUUCUUUAAAAGACAUGAUUUUGUUCUUCCUCCUGGGGAUAUUUAAAAACCAACUUAGCGACUUGCACAUUUUUUUCCACUUAGGCAAUUUUUGAAUGCUGGUUAGACAUCAUGAUUUUUAAAUGCAGCAAGUCAACCAAAGUAUCAACAAUGCAAGGAGCAGGAGUUUUCCUGGUAGGCCAUGGUCCUGGGGGCAGCUGAGGGUCAGGUUGCAAAUGCCCCAGAUGUGCCUGAGAGAGCGGCAGCAGCCAGCACGGAGGGGAGCAGUGGCGUUCUCAGCACCAGUGUGUUAAGGUGGGGCUCACAAUUUCUUGGGGCCUUCCCUGGGUUACAGCGGUGAGUUUGGAGGGGGCUUUUCUCUUCCCAAAUCUGAGGUCAGACGACACUGCUUAUGUGACCUACCCUUAGAGGGCAGAGAUGGGCCGUUCUCCAUGGGCCCCCAGGGCUGGAAUGGAGUUCCAAACUGCAGAAGACCGUGCCCCUAGAGGCUCCAGAGACCAUGAACUUUUUCAAUGACACGUUUGAAAAUCUCUUUAUUACAAAUUAAUAUCAGUACCUGAUUUUUUGAAGAUGAAGCUGACAGGUAUUAAAUGAAAACUGAUGCACUCUUAAUUAGGAACCUUUGCCACAUGAUGGCCUAUGUUUAUUUGGAGUUGGGAGGAGAAUAUUCCUUAUCUGACUUGGUGACUAGGAAGCCUUAGAAACUCUUGGGGAAGGAAUCCUCAGGAAUUAGGUCAAGGAGCCGCAGAUGGAUCAAGGGAGUCUUUCGUCUGGGAGAAAAAUCUCCCAAGGCAUUGGACCGAGACCCUGACUGGGUGCGAAGAGACCGCAGAGUGAGGGGCAGGCAGCGGGCAUCCUGACCCCAGGCCCAUCUGUCCCCGCGUUCUGAGUUCCACCAAAGACCCGAAAUGCAGUGUUUUAGAAUUGUGUAAUAUUCCUUAAGAGACCAGGAGACAUCCUCCAGUGUCUUCAAACUGGGACUGUUCCCACUUACUUACCUGAGCUAAGGAGAUUUGUUUCGUCUUGACGUCCCAUCACCUGUAUGUCACAGUCAGCCCCUUCCAGGAAGGCCCCGCGAGGAGCACCUGCUCCUAAUCAAGGCCUUAUGCGUUCCCAGCCCUGACCCCGCCAUCCCUCCGUGGGGCUGUGUUCCCAGAUGUCUUUGGAUUCUGUUUAAAAUGUCCUUGUUAAGACAUUCCAAGGUUUGAACUCCGCUCCUAGCUAAACCUCUUCCUUGUUUACAGGGACUGAAAUAGCCACAUUUUGACCUUCUGUUCAGUCUGGGAUCUUCUGUGGUAGUGUGACUACAUUCCUUUCCCAUGCAAGGAUCCCAUUUACACGGCAGUUAUGGAAGGCCCAGAAAACCAGACUUGCUCCCGCUCUCCUCCUGCCUAUGUUCCUUCUCCCUUCAGAUUAGCCCUCCUAGGCAGCCAUUCUGCCUGCUCAGGGGCUGAGACAUUGGGAAGCCGCGUGGGUCACUACCCAGGAAAGCUGGAGCCACCACAUCCCCCUCAUCAGGGCUGCGGCUACCCAUGGAGGCUCAGGGUGCCCCUGGGCUGGUGCGCAGAACCCAAAGUGGGUCCCCUGGUCUGCUCCCAGGCCAGACGUCAUCAACCCUGGGGGCCCAUGUCUCAGUGCCACAUGCCAUAUAUGACCCACCACGCCUGUUUCAUGUGUCCUACAGUCUAAGUGUUUGAAUGGAGGGUUUGCAUUUGGGCCACCUACAAGUGACUGUGUCUGGGGUUUGAGGAGAAGGAAAAGGUCUCAGGAAAAUAAUGCAGGAUCAUCCCUGUUGAAGCUAAAGUGGCCUGGUCAGUGAGAACCCCUGUGAGGAGCUCAGAGGAGGAAGCCCUUAAGAUCAGAGGCAUGAGUUCUGAAAGACAGUGGGGCCUGUAUUUGCCGAGGGGACUAGAACAGAAGAGAGGAAGUAAGAACGGGCAUGGCACACUCUUGCUGAAAGUAGACCGCGGCCAGGCUUUUGAAGGCCUUGAAGGAUGUGUUAGGGAUUUGGAAGCCACUGGAAAGAUGAGCAGGGGUGGAGAGUGAUUUAGGAAUGUUGUUGUCAUGCUGCCCGAAGCAAAGUGGAUGAAGAUUUGAGGUAGAAGCACACAUCUGCACAGGUGGCCCUAAGAUGGUGAUGGUGGAGUGGAAGGAGCAGAUGAGCCAAAAGGACAGGAGAUGAGGUCGGUGUAAAGGGCAGGGACAGGCCAGGGGUGCACAGGGAUGAGUCUGGACUGUCUACAGUAAAUACUUAAGCGGAUGUGCUAGGACUAAUGUCAUUAUUUGCCACAACCUAAAGAGACAGGCAAGUAUUAGUCUCCCAUCACAGAAGGUCCGGGGUGUCCAGGGCCUGCUGUGGAAAGCUCUGCCUGGCUUGCCUCUGCUCCGCCGGCCGUUACCCACUACCCACUCGUACUUUUGUCCAAAAACUGGGCAGUGAAAAGUCACAGGUCAGAUCCAAAUUGGACAGAUUUGGUUUGUAUAGAAAGCAACAUUUACAAGCUCAUGCCGUAUGCUAUGUUUCAGUGGUCACCUAAAUAUUCUCAUUUCAGGACUUUUUAAAACACAUUUUCCCAAAUAUAACUUGGGACAAAAUCUAACUUGGGACAUUUAAAUAGGUUAUCAGUAAUUAUCUGUUUUUCUUUAUAGCCUCUUUCCGCACACAAAUAAGCAUCUCCCUGUACAAAAUUCUAGUGUAUGCUGAGCUGACUGCCUUCUGCAUACACCUUUUCUACAACUUCUCAAACGUGUGUGACAUGCUGGUAAGAUGGCAGGAAAAGGAGUGACCGAAUAAUACAAUAUAGCUGAGAUGUGUUUCAAGAAAACCUCUGGGCCAGGGUAGGGGUCUGUGAGUGGGAGUCAAGGACUUGCCCCAUGUUUCUAAUCAAGGUGAGACCACUGACAUGUGUGGUCAGCACAUAUGUUCUAUACACACAUCCGCACACUGUCAUCUAACCCAUUCGUUCUCCCAUCCACAGCAUCUCCAGGACGAACCCAUCGCAACUAGGGAGGGGUUAACACCUGCUCUCCUAACAUGUUUUCUUUCUGUUUCAGGCUUGAAAAAACCUUGCCCAGUUUUGAUCCCUUCAAGACUUUGUCACAGCCUCUAUCACACAUCUGUUUUUCGCGAAGAAAAAAUAUAAUAAAAAUGUUUUACUCUUUUACACUGUAUAAUUUUAAGAAAUAGCGUGUUAUUUGUGAAUGCAUGGUCUGAAAUUUCUGUACAGUUUGGAGAUAUUUUCAAACGUAAGAGAAGUCAACAGUAAAACCAAGAAAAGUGAGUAUUUUUAUACCAAACAUUUUAAGUAUGCUGGGAUGGACGAUCUUACACUGGUUUGGAUCACAGUCUUUGUUCUUGACUUUUGAAUGCUUGUAAUUAAAAAUAUCUAUUUUUUUCCUCUGAAGUAAGUUGCAUGUUUGAGGCAUGUUUCCAAAUAUUAUCAAAAUUUCCUGAAUUGUAUUGUGAAUAUAUAGAAAUCUGUGCCCGGCCGGGGUCCUGGGUAAAUUAGUAGCGUGCUGUUAGAUGUUAGAAACAGAACUGUUAUUUGCAGUGUUAGGUCUAGGAUCCCAGUUCUAGUAGGACAGCCCUGCAAGACAAUCAACCAGAAGCCUCCAGGAGCUUCUACCUAUGGCUUAUUCACAACUGGGCAAGAAAACAUUGUUGGUAAGAACUGCUGAGUGUGCCCUUAGCCCUGGCAGCUCCAGCUGUGACUAUAUAUCAACUGUGUGCCAAGUGUGAGUUUGUGCAGUUUUAUGUUUCCACUCUCCUGUAUGUGUAGCCACUCGAUGCCUAACCUACCUUCCACAAGCCAGCCCCGCAUCCCUGCUCCCCCAGUGGAAGUGCAGAGCCCAUCUCCCUGGUAAGGGAAAACCUUGGCUUGGGAGGCCAGCCCUGGCCCAUGAAGGGGUUGGCUGUGCCCAACCCACUUGGCUGCAGUGGGCAGCUCAUGUCUCCAAAGUGAUGUUUGCAAAACAUCGGCUGAAUGAGCUGGUGUUCCCAACUCUUGGCGGCACUGGGCCAAACCGACCACAUACCAUGAGCUCCCAAAUGGCGUGUGCUCACUGUGAGAUGACCUGCCACACUGCACAGGAGACGGAGGCAGUGGGCACUUGGAACCAAUUCUAUUCAGACUUCGUCAAAGCCAAAGUCAGUCUGGUGUUGUCAGUUGACAUCUCCAGAGUUCAUGACAGCUCAACCUCUCCCCUUGUACAGAAGCCAUUCGUAAAACCACACUGACCUAAAUUCAGCUGCCAAACACAAUCACAGUCUUUCCUAUUGAUCUGCUCGGCUUAUGUUGAAAAUUUCAAUGUCAUGAUUACCUGGUUGGUUUGGGUUUUUGUUAUUUUCCAUUAGAAAUACAAAGAUGUCAAGAAGCUUUUACAGGUCAACACAAAAAACCAAGGCCAGGAGUGAGGGGCUCUUUCUUACCGUAAGUAAGGGGAAAGGGCAGUUAGCUCGAGGACUUGUGACGGAUCCACUUUGGUGUUCAAGGACCUGCCUAUGCCCUCAGUGCCAAUCAGCUCUUGGUGAGAUGCCUGUACUCCUCUCUAAGGAAAACAGCCACUUCUGCACAGUCUAUUAUGCUUUUAUAACUGUUUAAAGGUACUUUUCUAUUGUCAUUUUUAAAAAAUAAAGUGCUUAUUCCAGCUGUCACACCA